AUGAGCUGCAGCAUCAAGAGAACAUCUAGUACCUCUUACAGGAGCGGUGGAGGUGGAGGUGGAGGCGUCUGCGGUGGCGGCAGUGGCAGGAGUUCCUCCGUCUCCUGCAGGCGAUACGCCUCCUCUGUGAUAGGCGGUGGAAGCUAUGGUGGGGGAGCAUGCGGCAUUGGCUACGGAGGGGGCAUGGGUGCUGGCAGCCUUACUGGUGGCUUUGGCGGAGGCCUGGGAGGAGGCUUUGGUGGUGGCUUUGCAGGAGGCUUUGGUGCUGGGGGGGACAUCCUUCUGAGCGGCAAUGAGAAGGUCACCAUGCAGAACCUCAAUGACCGCCUGGCUGCUUACCUGGACAAAGUGCGAAGGCUGGAGGAGGAAAAUGCUCAACUCGAGCACCACAUCCGGGAGUGGUACAGGAAACAAGCUCCCAGUGUUUCAAAGGACUACACCUCCUACUACCAGACCAUUGAACAACUCCAGAAUCAGAUCAUUUCUGCCACUGUGGACAAUAACAGACUGCUUCUGGACAUUGAUAACAGCAAGAUGACUGCUGAUGACUUCCGAAUGAAGUAUGAGAACGAGCUGGUCAUCCGUCAGACUGUGGAGGCUGAUAUCAAUGGCUUGAGAAAUAUCCUGGAUGACCUGACUUUGGUUAGAUCUUCCCUGGAAUCUGAGCUAGAGACCUUGAAGGAUGAGCUGAUUGCUCUUAAGAGAAACCAUGAGGAGGAAAUGAGGCAGCUGCAGUCUCAAACUGGUGGCGACGUGAGUGUGGAGGUCAACGCUGCCCCCGGCGAAGACUUGACAAAGACACUGAAUGACCUGAGAAACGAAUACGAGCAGGUCAUUGAGAAGAACCGCAGGGAGGUUGAGCAGUGGUAUGAAGUCAAGAUCGAAGAAGUCAAUCGGCAGGGCACUUCCUGCCUCCCAGGGGGAAACCCCUGCGCGGGGCAGGGAUGGAAAAACUCUCUGGAAAACUCCCUGGCAGAAACCGAAUCUCGCUACGGCUGCCUGCUGCAACAAAUCCAAGGGCAGAUUAACUCUGUAGAGGAGGAGCUGGCCAGCAUCCGCUGUGAGAUGGAGAGUCAGAACCAGGAGUACAAGAUGCUCCUGGGCAUCAAGACCCGCCUGGAACAGGAGAUUGCUCAGUACCGAGCACUGCUGCAGGAGGGACAGCAAGACAUUGGUGCCUCCCAAGGAGCCUUCCAAGGAGGUGGAAAAUCCUCCCAUUCGUAUUCUACUUCCUACUCUCAUUCCCAGUGUAGUGACAUGACAGGUAAGACAGCACUUUGUAAUGAUGUUCAUUUGACAGCCAAGAGUGUGCUAGACAACAGCAGUGCUGCUGGCAUCCUCCCAACGAAGGCACAUUGA